AUGGCCAGCCAGGGGGCAGCCCUGGAGGCCGGCCAAGAGAAGGCUGCCGCCGCCGGGGUCCGCUCCGUGCUGCUCAAGCGUGACUCGCCGGGUGCUGAGGAUCGCCUGCAGCGCCGCCACCGUGCCCGGCAGGUGCGCUUCAAGGACCUGGAGGAGGGCGGAGAGAAGCCCCUGGGCAGCCCCACCCCGCGGGCCUCUGCCGCCAACUGCGCCAGGCGGAGCUGGCCCCAAUCCGGGCCCCGCCUGCUGCUUGCCCUGCCGGAUCCCCAUGGGGCGACUGGCAUCAGCACCGCCAGCCAGACGUCGCCCAGCCUGCAGCGGCCCCUCCGCAGCAAGAGCUCCUGCGACCUCGCCCAGGAGGGGGCACCCUCUGCAGUGGGCCGCAACCAGGAUCCACCCCCGGGGGGCACCGCCAGCCUUCCUGCCCUUGGUUGCUCCCUUGCCUCACCCCACACCCAGCAGCGCCCCAGGCUUCCUGCCACCCUGUGCCCCGGGCUGCCACCUCCCCGAGGAUCAUGCCCCCCAUACCCGGGGUGGGGGGAGCCGUGCCUCUUGGCCAGCUGCUCUUCCCAGCGCAAGCACUGUGCCCCCUCCUCCAUGCAACCCCUCGGCAGCUCUGGCGCCCCCUGGCUGUGCCAACUCCCUCUCUGUCAAACUCCCUCUGAGCAGGCCUCUAGAGCCCCUCCCUGUGCCCCCCAGAGGAGCACCCCUUCCCCCAACCCCCUUUCUCAGGGCCCCCCCACCCAAGACCCCACCCCUGCCUGCCUGCUUCCUGCAGCAGGGCCCCCCAAGUCAGCAAAACCAGCAGCGCCCGGGGCCUCCCCGGAGAGCCUCAGCACCACUCAGGCCCACCCCACAGCCCCCACGCCUUCCCAGAAGCCCCCGGACCCCCUUCUGCCCUCCUCUAGGAGCAGCUGCCCCCCUGAGGCCUGCCUCUCUGCCCAACCUGGGGGGACGUUUCCCUGCGUCCAGGACCACCACCUGCAGCUGGUGUCUGUGGCUGAAGGGCCACCGUGUCCCGCUGCUGCAGAGAGGGAGCCCCCGCCAGCAUCUCAGGACCUCCCCAGGCGGGUGGGUGAGAUCCACUCCCAGCUGCAGUCCCUCGAGGGGGUGCUGGAGACCAGCCAACAAACCAUCAAGGUGCUACUCGAUGUCAUUCAGGAUCUGGAGAAGAAGGAGGCCCAGCGCGAUGGGCGGCAGUCCUACCGGACAGGGCAGGACACCACCAACUGCGGGACCUGCCGGAACAGCGCUUGCAUCAUCUACAGUGUGGAACAUGAUUUCCGGAAGCAGGAGGGGCGUUUGCAGCAGGUGCUGAGCACCAUUGAGCCUGAGCCGAGCCACAGCCCCCCGGGGGCUAGGCCAGCUGCCACGCCGAACCACCAGGAGCCGUCGCCAGCGCUGAAUCUGGCCGUGGUGAAAGCGGAGCCCAAGAAGUCCCGGCGAAAGUGUUUCUGGUUCCUGUGAUGGUGCCGUGUCCAGAAGAGUCCGGGGGUUUCCCUCCCCAAGGAGAGGAAAAGGAGCCAUGGGGGGGGGCUGCCUUCCCCCCACCAGUCAACCUGCUACAGAGCUGCAGCGUGGAGAGAUUGCACCAGCCUUUUUAUUGUUCGAAUCUGUCCAGUUUAACUUGCAGAGCCCCCACCCCAC